AUGAUUCCCAACGCCAGCAACACCAUCACCCACCAUCCUUCAGUCUAUCACCUGCAGCACCUACCUCCCAGCCGCAGCAGCUCUAGGUUACCUGUUAUCCGCCAUGCGUCUAGUACCGCGGUAGAGACUGUGCCGCCGACCAGCGGCGAUGAUCCUGUUGAGCGCCAUCCCUCCCAUGCCACCGACGUCGAGAGCCAAGUAACUGUUGGUCGAACUUCGCGAUUCCCUCGUGUUGCUGCCGAGAGCGACCCUUUUGAUCUCUCUUCGUCAUACAAGACAGAUUCGGACCUCGAGCAAAUCAGAGCCAACUCGUCGCGUAAAAGAGAUGGUGGCAAGCUCAAUUCGGUCCCCAAGCUCGACUCACACAAAGUCCGCGGAUUCUACCAGAACCAAAAUGCUGCCAUUGAGCGCAUGCUCAAGUCGGUGGAGGAGCAUCGCGCUGAAGCUCGUCAGGAGCACGGUGACGACCAGCUCAAGUUCAGAAUUGCCAUAUGGGGCUCAUUUGCUGCCAAUGUCGUCCUUGCCAUCUUACAGCUAUAUGCCGCCGUCUCAUCCGGCUCCCUGUCUCUCAUAACCAGUAUGGCCGAUGCUGUGUUUGACCCUUUGAGCAACCUGACUCUCAUUCUGUCCAACCGCGCCAUCAAGAGAGUCGACCCUAGACGAUUUCCUGCUGGCAAGGCUCGUCUCGAAACUGUUGGAAAUAUACUCUUCUGCAUGCUCAUGACAUCGGUUUCGUUCAUUAUCAUUGCGUUCUCUGUCCAGCAGCUUAUUGCCAAGAAUAAGGAAAAGGUGUUUCAUAUUCCCUCCAUUAUCUCUGUCUGCGUUGCCUUUGCUACAAAAUUCGCCCUCUUUCUUUACUGCUGGGGUCUCAAGGACAAGUAUAGCCAAGUCAAUAUUCUGUGGCAAGAUCAUCGCAAUGAUCUGGCUGUCAACGCCGUCGCCAUCUUGACCAGCGUUGGUGGCUCGAAGAUUGUCUGGUGGCUGGAUCCGGCUGGUGCUAUUCUGCUGUCUCUGCUCAUCUCUAGUGUGUGGAUGCGCACCGCCUUUGGUGAAUUUCUGCUCUUGGUCGGCGUUUCAGCUUCGGUUGAAAUCCAGCAGCUCAUCACCUAUGUUUGCCUGACGCACUCAGACGCUGUUCAGGGUAUUGAUACCGUACGCGUGUACCACUCAGGACCGCGCCUGAUUGCCGAAGUUGAUAUUGUCAUGGAUCCCGGCUGCUCACUGAGAGAGUCACACGAUAUCGCUGAGGAGCUCCAGAUCAAACUGGAGAGCCUGCCCGACAUUGAGCGGUCAUAUGUCCACAUUGACUACGAGACCACGCACAAGCCGGAGCAUUUCUAUAAAAAGGAUCUUUGA